AUGAGUAGUGUGUGGGAUAGAAUCCGACAAGAACAAGUCCUGGAGACUUUGCAGGUACCGCAGAGCUCACAACCGGAGCAGAACGAGCAGAAUGAGCAAAACGGGCAAAGCAUCUGGACGUCUGAAGAUGAGAGCCAGGAAGAAGAUGUAGAACACCACCAUGAAGACGACGACGAUGAAUACAGCGAUUUAUACACAGAAGAUAUCGAUUUUGAGGAGCAUUUGCUUACUGCCCAGCAACAAUGGGAAGAAUCGUUGGAACAACUGAGUCAAGUACUCAACUGGGUGUUGUUGCCAUUGAUUGGCAAGUAUCUGGGAAGAAGAACGGCUCUGGGGUUAUGGAAACGAGUUGUCACUCACCUGUGGGGAAUAUAG